AUGCACGAUCUUCAAAUUAAUUUUAAGUUGGACAUUUGCUCAUCUAUUAACAAUUUCUUAUUUCACAUUGUCUACAAACCCACGCUUUCAUUAAUCUUGAAGUUACCUCAGUCAACUCUUGCGACAUGGAUAAAAGAAAUAAAAAAAAAAGAUGACCAAAUAAAUAGCAAUGAAGGUAAUCCCCAAUCAAACGCAUCCAAUAUCUCAACUCACUCUACAACUAAUCCUACUUCUUCUUCUGAACCUUUGGCUACUUCUCAUUUUGAAUCUUUGGAAUCUUCUAACAAUUUAACUGACUCUAAUGCUCAUCCUACUUCUUCUUCUGAACCUUUGGCUACUUCUCAUUUUGAAUCUUUGGAAUCUUCUAACAGUUUAACUGACUCUAAUGCUCAUCCUACUUCUCAUUCUAAUGAUACUGAAUCUAUUCCUUCUGAAGAAAUCACAGAUAUUACUUCUGACGAAAUUUCAGAGAAUAUUACAGAUUAUUUAAGUUCAAAGUCUAAUUUAAAUGAGCAGGAAGUAAAUGUGUAUAUUUAUACUUAUCUAUUCGAGGCAGAUGAGUUGAAGUUAUAUUUUUUAAUUCCUUCUAACAACUGGUCGUUGCAAAAGUUUAUUGGAAUAACUUUUAAGCUGUUAUCUUCAUUUCUUUAUUUCUGUGAAAUGCUUGGACCGAACCUCGUUGAGGACCAAAAUGUAUUGUCUAAAGUCUCCAAAACAGUUUUAUCUGCCUUUAUUGAAUCUUUCCCUCAGAUGAAUCAGCUUGAUAAAUGCAAAAGUCAGUUUGAUGAUAUUAUUAAACGAAAUUUAGAUCUACUUAAAUUGUUUGUUGGUGACCAUGGUGACAUUUUAACCAAUAUCAUUAUUGAUAUUAUUAUGUGUAUCAUAGAGCAGAUACAAUGUUCUUUUGAUUUUUUAUUUUGGUUAGAGCCUGAAGACUUUGAAUAUUUGCAUAAUCUUCUAGGACAGCCCAAUGACUAA